GUUCUAACUGUCGCAGGCCUGGUGUAGGUAAUCGUAAAUUGUCAAAUGAUUCCUUGCUGUGUGUCAAAUUCAAAAUAAUUUUGAAUUGUCUUCAUCGGUUUCAGUUUUAUUUCGAACAAAUUUAUUUUCACAGAAUUUAUUCUAUUAUACUAUUAUACUUAUUCUACUGUUAUGAAAAUGAAACAAUGUUUUACAAGUAUUGAAAACUUACAAUAAAUAUACAACCCGUUUGGUUAUAUAUUAGUGUUAUUGCUUUUAUAUUUUAUAGAAUUUCAUAAUAUGGAUGAACCUUUAGUACGAUAUGAAAAAAUUGACUUUCUUGGAGAAGGCCAGUUUGCCACUGUGUACAAAGCGAGAGAUGUAAAAACUGACAAAAUAGUAGCUGUAAAGAAAAUAAAAAUAGGCUCACGGCUAGAAGCUGAGGAUGGCAUCAAUAGGACUGCAUUAAGGGAGAUAAAAUUGUUACAAGAACUACAACAUAUUAACCUAAUUGGACUUUUAGAUGUAUUUGGACAAAAAUCAAAUGUCUCUUUGGUAUUUGAUUUUAUGGACACAGAUUUAGAGAUAAUAGUUAAGGAUAAUAAUAUUGUACUUACACCUGCUAAUGUUAAAGCAUAUAUGAUUAUGACGUUAAAAGGUUUGGAAUAUUUACAUCAGAACUGGAUAUUGCAUAGAGAUCUUAAGCCUAACAAUUUGCUCAUAAACAAAGAAGGAAUCUUAAAAAUUGGAGAUUUUGGACUUGCCAAGGCAUUUGGAUCUCCUACCAGAAUAAACACUCAUCAAGUUGUAACAAGAUGGUAUAGGUCGCCGGAGUUAUUAUUUGGAGCUCGACAAUACGGCACAGGAGUGGACAUGUGGGCCAUAGGUUGUAUACUGGCCGAACUACUUCUGAGAGUGCCAUUCUUGCCUGGAGAAUCUGAUUUAGACCAACUUACGCGUAUUUUCCAAGUAUUUGGAACACCUACAGAAGAAAUUUGGCCAGGUAUGAAGUGUUUGACCGAUUACGUGCAGUUCAAGCCAUUCCCACCACAACAGCUGAGGCACAUAUUCAGUGCGGCAUCGGACGAUUUGUUGCAACUGCUUGAGAGCCUGCUAGCCAUCUAUCCGCCCAAGAGGUGCGAUUGCACUCAAGCUCUGCAGAUGCCUUAUUUUAGUAAUAAACCAGCGCCAACAGUUGGGCCGAAGCUUCCUAUGCCAUCCAGUAUAUCCAAGAUAGAAAUAGACAAACCGUCACUUAAGAGAAAACUUUUAGAAAAUAUGGAUGGGGGUUCGCGAGCAAAAAGACUGCAGUUCUAAAUAUUCCUAGAUUAUGUUCAAACACUGCCACAAUCUAGUAACAAUGUAAAGUGCAAUUUGUGAAGAAAAUCAGAUAAGUAUCUAUAUGUAAAUGAUAAUGAAGUUGUACUAGUAUUUAAGUUAUGAUGAUUGUUAAUAAUCUCUCUCUCCUAAUCUAAGGAGAUUAUAAUCCAAUAAAGCAGGACUUUGAGGACAAAAUUUUAUAAAUUUAUGGAAGACUUAAUUUUUGUAUUUAAAAGAAUAUAAAUUAAAAAC